CUGAAAUCGCUUUCGUCCGACGGACAAUAACAUGAUUAUACUUUAAAAAAAAAAGGAUAUCAAAUAAUAUAAAAUUUCAAUAAUGCAUAAAUUCUUAAGGCAUGGAUUUUUGUCAAAAAGUGUUGUGGAUUGUCACAAACAAAUUAAAGGAACGAAACAAAACUUGUAUAGAAAAAAUGAAGUUCGUUGUGUUACUACACUUAGUUCAAAAUCGGAUAACUUAUUUCCAGAAAGAGUUGAUUUUCCAAGUCGGCAUAUAGGCCCGAGAGAUCAAGACGUGGUGACUAUGUUGGAUUUAUUAGGCUACAAGAGUUUGGACCAAUUGACUAAUGAUGCAGUUCCUAAAAAAAUUCAACUACAAGAACUCAUGAAUAUCGAUGAACCGAUAAGUGAAUACGAUCUUAUCGAAAGAGUACGGGAAAUUUCUGAAAAAAAUCAAAUAUGGCGUUCUUAUAUUGGUAUGGGAUAUCAUAAUUGCUGCGUACCUCACACUAUUAUGCGAAAUAUGUUCGAAAAUCCUGGAUGGACGACGCAAUACACGCCUUACCAACCAGAAAUAGCACAAGGAAGACUAGAAGGCCUUCUUAAUUAUCAGACGAUGGUUAGUGAUCUCACUGGUUUAGAUGUAGCAAAUGCUUCUUUACUUGAUGAAGGCACAGCGGCUGCUGAAGCUCUAUCCUUAUGUCAUAGACAUAACAAAAGAACAAAAUUUGUAGUUUCGGAACGAAUUCAUCCACAAACUUUGGCAGUAGUACAAACUCGGCUAGAUGCAUUUGGUUUGGAUUUGAUUGUUUUGCCAGAUGUACGAGAAGCAGAUUUUGCGCAAAGAGAUAUAUCGGCUGUUCUUCUUCAGUGUCCUGAUACAAGAGGAUUGGUAUAUGAUUAUUCUGCGUUAGCUGCUGCAGCUCAAGAACAUGGGACUUUAGUGGUAGUGGCUACAGAUCUUUUGGCUCUUGCUUUGCUACGCCCUCCUGCAGAAUGUGGCGCCGCUCUUGCGGUAGGGACAUCGCAACGUUUAGGAGUACCUCUAGGUUAUGGAGGUCCUCAUGCUGGAUUCUUCGCAGCUGAACAUCCUCUUGUACGACUUAUGCCUGGUCGUAUGGUAGGCGUAACUCGAGAUGCAGCUGGAAGAGAUGCUUACAGAUUAGCUCUUCAAACUAGAGAGCAACAUAUUCGUCGAGAUAAGGCGACAUCAAACAUAUGUACAGCUCAGGCUCUUCUUGCAAAUAUAUCAGCUAUGUAUGCAGUAUAUCACGGUCCUCAGGGCUUACGUGAUAUUGCGACACGAGUUCAUAAUGCUACUCUGGUUCUUGACCAUGGUAUCCGAUUACGGGGUCACAAUCAAUCAAACGAUGUAUAUUUCGAUACACUACAUGUAGUGCCGCUACCAGAACAUGAUUCUAGUAUUAUCAAAGCACGGGCGCAAGAGAAGAAGAUAAAUUUAAGAUAUUUUGAUGACGGAGCCGUAGGUGUAGCUCUUGAUGAGACAACAACAAUGCGAGAUGUUGAUGAUCUUUUGUGGAUUUUUGAUUGUAAAAAUGUAAAAGAAGUGAUACAAUCUGAAAAUGUAAGAUCACGAAGCGUUUUAAAAGGGCCAUUUAGAAGAACCUCGCCAUAUUUAACUCACCCUGUAUUCAAUAUGCAUCAUUCUGAGACUCGUAUUGUGCGUUAUAUGAAGAGAUUAGAAAAUAAAGAUAUAUCACUAGUGCAUUCUAUGAUUCCUUUGGGUUCCUGUACAAUGAAACUCAAUUCCACCACGGAGAUGAUGCCAUGUUCUUUUAAGGAAUUUACGGAUAUUCAUCCUUUUGCACCAUUAGAACAGUGUCAGGGUUACCAUAUAUUAUUUGAGGAGCUAGCAAAGGAUCUUUGUGCUAUUACAGGCUAUGAUCGAGUUUCUUUUCAACCUAACAGUGGAGCUCAAGGGGAAUAUGCUGGGUUACGAACUAUAAAACGUUAUCACGAGUUUCGAGGUGAUACAGGACGUAAUAUCUGUUUGAUACCUGUAAGUGCUCAUGGUACAAAUCCCGCAUCUGCUCAUAUGGCUGGCAUGCGUGUUUGUGCUAUUCGAGUUACAUCCUCUGGUGAUAUAGAUAUGGAACAUCUUAAAGAUAAGGUAGAAGAACACAGCAAAAACCUGUCGUGUUUAAUGUUAACAUACCCUAGUACAUUCGGCGUAUUUGAAGAACGUGCAGCGGAUAUAUGUGCUUUAGUCCAUGCACAUGGUGGUCAAGUUUAUUUAGACGGUGCUAAUAUGAAUGCACAGGUGGGACUAUGUCGUCCUGGUGAUUACGGCAGUGAUGUUUCACAUCUAAAUUUACAUAAAACAUUUUGUAUUCCUCACGGUGGCGGCGGCCCUGGUAUGGGACCUAUCGGAGUAAAAGCACAUUUGGCGCCAUUCUUACCUUCACAUCCAGUAGUAGACCCGUUAGCAGAUUUAGGUGAUGCAGCACAUAGCUUUGGAUCCGUCAGUGCAGCACCUUUUGGAUCUUCAGCAAUUCUUCCCAUUUCAUGGGCAUAUAUUAAAAUGAUGGGACCAAAAGGUUUAAAACGUGCAACUCAAAUAGCUAUCCUUAACGCCAAUUAUAUGUCAAAAAGAUUAGAAGAUUACUAUAAGACCUUAUAUAAAGGUGAACGAGGGUUAGUUGCACAUGAAUUCAUUAUAGAUGUGCGAGAUCUCAAGAAAACAGCGAAUAUUGAACCUGGUGAUAUUGCUAAGAGACUUAUGGAUUUUGGUUUCCAUGCACCUACGAUGUCAUGGCCGGUGGCAGGUACUUUGAUGAUUGAACCUACAGAAUCGGAAGAUUUGCAGGAACUCGAUAGGUUUUGUGAAGCGCUUAUAACAAUAAGAAAGGAAAUUAAGGAUAUAGAGGAUGGAGUAAUUGAUAAGCGUAUAAAUCCUUUAAAGAUGGCCCCUCAUACUCAAGAAGAAGUCAUGGCAGAAGAUUGGAAUCGGCCGUAUUCGCGGGAACAGGCUGCAUUUCCGGCUCCAUUUGUAAAAGGCGAGUCAAAAAUUUGGCCAACAGUGAGCAGAAUCGACGAUAUGUACGGUGAUAAACAUUUAGUAUGUACCUGUCCUCCGGUGAUCGACGAUUUCUAAUUCUAUAUUAAGUUACAUACUUAAAUAUUUCCAUAUAUUAUAAUUAUAUACUCAUAAUAAAAAAUCUGUUAGCAGUC